AUGGUAGAGAAUGGGGAUACACAGCAUUCGCUGUCAACAGCCAAUGCCACACCAGCCAGCCUCAACGGCCUCCUGCAUAAAGGUGACUCAACUGGCCUUGCUCGGCAGUCUACGGCAACUAUCUCAUACUCACUACGCCACACAGGUUCUCGGCUAGAUCGUGUAAAGGCUAGAAUAUAUGCCGCCACGAUUGCUGCCGCCCGAGAUAGUCUCGCCUUGUGUCCUCGUACUAUUGCUGGCAGACAUAUGCCUAUCAACAGCCUUUGUCGAGGCCGUAACGUAACCUCCCACUUCGUUGGUAAACGGCAGUCCCAUUUGCUUUCCACGUCUUCAGAACUUCGAAGUAGAUUGAGACCUCGAACUUCCGUUUUAGUCCUGCCAAUUUCUCCAUCCCGGACUUCACUCUGUAACGCCAGUUUGCCGCCACAAAAUGACGGAUCUAAUAGCUGUCGGCAUCUAACUUCACAAUCGAAAGUUCAACAAAAGCGUGUGUCAUCAUUCCACUCUCGCUUUCAAAGUCGGAGAACUGACCAGCCAUGCCCAGUAACUCAGCGCAGAAACCUUCAGGAUACUUCCACAUCCAUCAGCUGGCACCAUUAUUUGCCUGGCCGGGAAUAUUUAGCACCUGAAACGACGAACCAGACAUCUGUGGCAUCAAAUAAAGGUCACCAUGAAUACCAGCCUGGAUCAUCGUCACACGCUGACAAAGACAAAGAGAACUUUGCAGUCACCGACACGGAGAAGAGGCUUGGAGAUGGCGAAUCGCCAAUACAAAGAAGUUCUGAAGGAUUUAUUGUUUCUAACUCCAACAUUUCAGCCUCCCCUCGAGUUUCCCUAGUCCUAAAUUCCCCUGGUUCAGUCUUUCAUGAUGAUGCUUCUCAUCCGCAACCAGUUUCAUAUUCAGGUUUGCUUCAUUCCACAGUGUCAGACCCUCUCAUGCCAGCAAUGCGAAAGGCUACUAGCCGAUUGUCAGAUCGUCUUCUCGAGCCAUCAGACCAGCUUACCUUCAGCUACCGGCCCUCGAACUCCACUACGAGCUCUGCUUCGGAGAUUGAAGCGAAGACUUUGUUCGACACUGGCGCCGGGGAUCAUAUCAACUUGACGUCAUACACCACUGUUGGUAUUUUAGAAAAGCUAACGGCCGAGAAUGCUGAUAUUUUGCUCUUGCCGAAUACGCCAACCAUCGUCUCUGCUAGUACAGAUAGUCUCUCUGACCUUCCUCAGUCAUUGGCAUCCGACGAAGAUAAACAGCCAUCUAGCAGUGCCAGCAGUAGCUCCAAUACCCCGCCACCACCACAGCUAGACCGGAUGCAUCCGGCUGCAUCUGAUGAGGCAAGAACAGAUUUUUACAUAAAAUAUAUAUGCUUGACCAUAGGUGUCAUCCUUACAGUUGAUCCUUCUCGAAUAAAAUAA